AUGCCCCCGGUCCCCGUGAAGACCGAGCCGGGCCAGGUGGCCGCGGCCACGGCCGGCGACCCGUCCUCCCGGGCCCCGGGGCGUGGGCUGUCCUCGGAACAUGCGCGCCUGGUGGCCAUCUUCUCCGGGGCCGGGCUGGCGGCGGCGGCCGGGGCCAGCGGGCGGCCGGCCGCCCCGGCGCUGCCCUCCCCGCCGGUGCUCUCGCUGUCGGGGCUGGUGCCCAAGCCGCGGGUGCAUCGGCCCGCGCCGGUGCCCUCGCUGUCGGCCCCCAGCCCGGGGCCUGGGGCCAGCGGCGCAGGCCCCGGCGGGCGUCCUGGCCCCGGCCGGGGGCCCUCCUUCGGGACCGGUCCCGGGGAUCUGGUCCCGGCUCCUGGGCGCGGCCCGGGGCAGCUGGUGCCCCGGUGGACCUUGGAGCCGGAUCUGGCCCCGCUCCCGGGCAGCAGCAUGGCCAUCUCGCAUGCGCUCGGCCGGCUGUCGGUCGAGGAGCUACAUGCCCUGCGGGAGCGGCUCUUCUUCCUCCGCCGCCAAUGCAUCGAUCGCACCGAGCGCGUCUUCCAGGUGGGCUCCGCCGUGCCGGAGCUGGCGGCCACCGUGAUGCAGGCGCGCCCGGGCGCCCCGGGCGCCGAAGCGGCCAGCCAGGCGCGCUUCGAGUCUGAUGGCUUCCCCCCGCGGCGCUGGAAGGCGCCACACGGUGGCAUCACCACCUCGGCCCUGGGCAUGCUCCCCUCCUUCUCCGGGGAGCUGACAUCGGCGGCCGGGUCAUCCUCGGCGGCUGGUGGGGCGGCCCCCAUCGGCGCGCCCCCGGCAGCCACCUCCGGGGGAACCUCGGCGGCUUCGGCCGCGGGGACACCCCCCUCGGGGCCCGCAACCGCGACGACGACCGCGGCCGCGGCGGCCCCGCUGCUUCAGACACAUGCGCCCGGGCGUGGGCGUCGGCGCAGCGGCUCCGGCGCCGCCUCCGGCGAGUCGACCCCCAAGCGCCGGCGCUACUCGGCCACCUCGUCCCUGGACGGGUAUACGUCCUCCGAGGGGGAAGAGCCCCUGGCCGAGGGGCCCGGGUCCUGGCCGGGCUCCGGCGGCGAUGCCAGCAUCAAGGCGGAGCCCGGGCGCCCGGACGCCGCGGCACCAGCGCGGUCGGCUUCCCCAUCGGGGGCCCUCCGCAAGGCGGGGCUCCCGGCCGGCGGGGGGCCAGGCCCGACCGGUGGCCAGGCGCCCGGCGAGUCGGAUGCCGGCAUGCCAAAGGCUCGACGCGGUCGCGGCCGGCCGCCCUCGCGGCCGAAUAGCGCCGCGACCACGGCCGCCGCCGCCGCCGCCGCGGCCACCAUGACCGAGGCCGACACCGAGGCCGACACCAAAGCCGAGGAUGCUGGCCUGGCGGCGGCGGCGGCGGCGGCAGCAGCCCCGCUGGCGGCGGCGGCCACCCCGGGGACCGAGCCCCCGGGCGACCGGCCAGCCGCCUGCCCGCGGCCGCCGGCCCCCAAGGGGUCGAUCUUGCGCGCGACCCAGGCCCUGGACCAGGCCCUGGCCGAUGAGCAGGUGGCCCUCAGCCGGCUGCGGGUGCACUCGGUCAAGAUCGAGGCCUUCACCAAGUCCUACGAGCCGUACUUUGCCCCGCUCGGGGACCGGGAGCUGGCCCUGCUGGAGCCGGCCGGCGAGCAUGACCCCAGCCCGUAUGUGGUGCCGGAGCUCGGGCCCUUCUACCUGGACGUGUGGCAGGGGGCCGGGGCGGGGCGCGCCGACCACCCGGCCGCCGGGGACGCCCGGAAGCCGGGCCCCCCGGCGCAGCCCGGCGACGCCCCCCCCCCGGCGGCGGCCGAGCCACUGCACCAGGCGCUCCACUCCCUCGGUACCUCGCCCGGCAUCGGGGAGCAGCUCCUGCCGGGGGAAAUUGCCGAGCAGGCGGCCCUCCGCCGGCAGGGCUACCUCGGUGCCCUGGGGCAAAUUGCCGUGCCUGCCGGGGCCGAGGCGGGCUCCGGGGGGCCGGCCCCGGCCGACGCGCCCCUGGCCGAGGCCCCCCUGGCCGAGGCGGCCUGCCUGGCCGAGCGGCUGAUGUGCUCGCUCCUGCAGGAGGGCCUGCUGCUGCCGUACGAUUCCGGCUCCGGGUCCUCCGGGUCGGAUGGCGAGGGGGCGCACUCCGAGCUGGACGCCUUCCUGGAUGACGAGCAGUCCGGGGGGCGGCCGGCGCGGCUGCCCGGGACCCCGGGGCCGGGAGCCGGCCCCGGCGGCGCCGGCCCGGACGACGAGGCCGACGCCGAUGUCGACUCGGACGGCGGGUCGGACCUGAGUGACUCGGAGGCCGCCGGGCCGGGGGACGGGUCGCGCGGGGGGGCGGCCCCCUCGGGCGGGCGGCUGUCGGAGGCCCUGCCGGCCGGCGGGGCGCGGCUGUUCGCCGGCCCCGGGCGGCCGGAGGGCGUCGACCCGCCGGCGGCCGGGUCCUCGUCGGCCUUCUCCUCGACAUCCUUCUCGUCGUCCAGCUCGUCGUCCGGGUCCGAGGACAAUGGCCCGGGCGGGCCGGGCCCGCAGCACCUCAGCGACAUCGGGGGGUUCUCCUCGCACUCGGACGACCAGGGGGCUCCCUCGGGGCCGGGGACGCCGUCGGCCCGGGGGCCCGGCGGGCGCCCCGGCGGCAAGGGGGCCCCGCCCAAGCACCCGGCCUCCGGGUCGGCCUCCUCGUCGUCGCGCUCCGGGGCGGCCAACUCCUCGGACCGGCCGCCGCACGAUGACAGCGCGCCGGACUCCGGGCUGUCGACGCCGGUCCGGGGCCCGGCCGGCACCCGGAGCGGGGCCCUGUCGCGCGCGUCCAGCCUCGGCCCCUCGGACAUCGAGGGGGAGGAGGAGGGGGAGCAGGAGCACGACGACGAGGGGGAUGCCGGCUCGGGGGCCGUCGUCACCCCGGGGCCCGGGGCCACCGGCGGCAUGAAGUCCACCGGGGCCACCGGGGGCCAUCCCGGGGCCAGCCAAAAGUCCGGCCGCGGGGCGUCCUCCAGCCGGCGGACGUCGGCCCCGAGCGGGCGCGGCGGCCGGGGCGGCCACCGGGGCGGCCGGGGCGGCGCCCGUGCCGGCGGCCCCGGGCCCGGCGGCGACGCGGCCGGGCCCGGCGGACCCGGCAGCGGGGCGGCCGGGCGUAGCCGACUGGCCGGCCGGCCUGGCCCCGGGGACCCGGGCCACCACCCGGCCGAGGACCACCUGCUGGCCGGGCCCGGGGCCGGGCCCGGGGCCGGGCCCGGGGCCGGGGCCGGGCCGGACCAUGCGGCGGCCGGCGGCCCGGGCGAUGCGUGGGUCACCCCGGCCCAUGCCGGGCGCACCUUCUCCUUCAAUCCCUUCCCCUCGUACUUCCCGUCCAGUGCGGCGGCCCUGCUGAGCAAGGCCGUGGUGCAGAAUCUCGGCUCGGUGCAGCUGGCCCGGGCCGGGCUCGAGCGCCACGGGUACCUGGUGGACGAGGCGGGCAUGGUGCUCCGGCGGCCGGCGGCCGCGGGCCCCGGCAGCACGGGCAUCGGCCCGGGCCCCGGGGCCGGGGGGAAUGCCGCGGGGGCCGGCACGCGGGCCGGCUGCCCGCCGGCUGGGUCGGCCCCGGCCGAGCCGCCGCCGCUGGCCCUCGGGGCGCUGCCCUCCUUCCUGGGGGCGCCGGGCGGGGGCCGGGCGCCGGGCGGGCCCGCGGCGUCGCCCCCCCUCCCCGCCCCGGGCAUGGACAGCCUGGAGCAGCGCCUCUGCCGGGAGCUGGUGGCCUGCGGGCUGCUGGAGCGCGAGGACCUGCACUCGGAGGGGGAGCCGGUCGAGGCCCGGCCGGAGGCCGGCCCCCCGCGCGCCACUCCGCUGUCCCGGUCGCUGGCCGAGUGCGCGGAUGACGAGAUCGCCGCGCAGUUGCGCGUCCUGCAGCCGCUCCUCCGGCGGCAGGUGGCCCUGAACAAUGCCCGCCGUGCGCGGCUCCGGUCGCUGGCCCUGGCGCACAUGGCCUACCAGGACUUCGAGGAGCUGAUGGCCGAGCUGCAUGGGCAAAUCGAGCGGGGCUAUGUGACGCGGUAUCGGCCGACCGGGGGCCGGGGCGGGCGCAAGGGCGCCGGCCGGGGCGGGGCCGCGGCCGCCGCCCGCGCCUCGCGGCCCCUCAGCGAGGACCUGCGCCUGGCCAUCCUCCGGUCGGAGGAGCUCCCGCUGCGCCUGCGCCAUGUGUUCCCCCACCCGGAGGCCUUCCGCAUCCCGCUGCGCCAGCCGCCGGUGCCGAACCUCAUCCGGCGUGACGGGGGGUCGGCCGUGCCGGAGCCACUGCCGGCCACCACGGCCUACCGCCUGCAGCAGGCCGGCUGGCGGGCCACCACCUUCAACAUGGGCACCCUGUGCCCGCUGCCGGUGGGGUCGGACCCGGUGGCCGACGCGCACCGGCUGGCCGAGCGUGCCGACAGCCCGGCCGCGGCGGGUGCCCCGGCCGAGCCGUCCCCGGCCCCGGGCCCGGGCGCCCCGACAUGCUACCGCCGCCGGACCGACCUCCCCAGCGCCGAUGUCCCCUGCUCGAGUGUCUUUGCCGGGUCCUUCGCCGGGCUGGCCAAUCCCGAUGUGCUGGGCACCCUGGCGCAGGCCGGCGUGCCGACCGGCAUGGCGGCCGGCGGGCUGCUGGCCGGCGCGGCCACCGCCGCGGCCUUCCACACGGCCACCGCCCUGGCCGCCGGCUGUCCACUGACCGACGAGGAGGACCCGGGCCCGGAUCCGGACCCGGAGGAUGGCGCCGCCGGGGCCGGGGACACUCCGGGCCCCCGGUCGCCGGCGACCCCGGCCGGGCCCAUCAAGCCCGAGCCGGCCACCGGCCCCGGGCCGGGCGGCCCGGGCGACGCCCCGCCGGCCCCCGGCCCGGGCGACCACUCGCCCGAGCCGGCCGACCCGGCGACCCCCUCGUCCGCCGCGCCCUCCGGCAGCCCCUCGUCCUCGGGCCGGGGCGACCGCAAGCGCCCGGCGGGCGCCCCGGCGGCCGGCCUGGCCCCGGACCCCGGGGCCGUGGCACGCGCCCAGACCACCGGCCUCUUCGGGGCCGGGACCCGGCGCCCGCGGCGCGGCAUCCACAGCAGCCAGGACAUCGCCGGGAUGCUGGCCUCGGUGGAGGCACUGACGCAGGCCGGCCGGCCCCGGCGCCCGGGCGCCCCGGCGACGGUCGAUGCGCGUGCCUCCCCGGCCUCGGCUGCCGGUGCCGGGCCCCCCCCGGCGCUGGGCCUCUCCUCGCAAGGGGUCAGCGACUUGCUGGCCGCCGCCAACAGCGGCUACUACGGCGGCCCCGGGGCCAACCCGCUGCCCAGCAGCUUGGGCGGCUCGUCGGCCGCCGGCGCCCCGGGCGCCCCGCUCUGA